AUGGAUUUCCGGCCGUGGCAGCAGUUGCCCGUGUUUUUUGCGAUGGGGCUUGGGAUUUUUAUUUUAGGCUUGCAAGACAAUACCAUCGUGGGCACAGCAACUCCCACCUUGACCAAUGAAUUCCAUUCAUUGACCGAUAUUGGAUGGUAUGGCUCAGCAUACCGACUUACAACAUGUUCAACGCAGUUUCUUUUUGGAAAGCUAUACGAGCAAUUCCGGGUAAAAUGGGUUCUUGUUAUGGCGGUGGCCAUCCUUGAAAUCGGGUCCAUUGUGUCUGCCUCAGCGCCGAGUUCAGCUGCGUUCAUCGUCGGAAGGGCCAUCGCGGGCUGUGGCUCCUCUGGGAUCCUUAACGGGGUUUUAAUAGCAAUUUCCCAUACAGUUCCGCUUCGCUGGAGGCCGAUAUGCAAUAGCACUGUCGGAGGCCUCGAGUGCAUUGCAAUGAUCGUCGCACCGGUGAUUGGAGGUGCCCUUACAACCUACGUCACAUGGCGAUGGUGUUUCUGGCUCAACCUCCCUGUGGGUGGAUUCACAAUGGUUGUGAUUGUCUUCCUCUUCAAGAAUCCGGAGAAUCAGAAAGUUACCGAGGAGCCAUUCUUAACCAAAAUCAAGCAGCUCAACACUAUGAGUCUUCUCAUAUUCACUGGAAGCGUUGUUUGUCUCCUGCUAGCGCUCCAAUGGGGUGGCACUACAUACAGCUGGGGCAGCGGUAGAGUUAUUGCUGUCCUGGUAGUCGCCGCAGUAUCAUUUGGAGGUUUCAUUGUUUUCGAGGUGUUGAAGAAAGAUGACGCUACAAUUCCUCGAUCUGUGAUACUCAACAGAACUGCCGGUCUAUGCUUAGUCUACGCCUUCUGUUCAUCGGCGGCCUUUAACGUUAUCGAUUACUUUCUGCCCAUCUGGUUUCAAGCGAUCAAGGGUGCUACAGCAGCUAAAUCCGGGCAAAUGCUUCUUCCUUCCAUUAUUAGCCUUUCCAUUGCCGCAAUCAGCUCCGGCUUCAUCGUCUCUGCCAUUGGAUAUUACACACCUCUCAUGUUGCUGGGUUCCACAAUGAUGGCCAUUGGAUUCGGGUUCCUAACAAGGUUCACCCCAAAGACCACAGAUUCUGCCUGGGUCGGAUGGCAGGUCAUGUUUAGUAUCGGCAUCGGGCUGGCAUUCCCCCAACCUUGGUCGGCAAUUCAGACUGCGCUUGACGCCAAGGAUAUCCCCGUUGGUAUGGCGGCGGUUGGCUUUUCCAUUAGUUUCGGUGCUGCAAUUUCUAUUUCCGCGUCGCAAAGUAUUUUCACAAACCUCCUUCGAGAGGGUUUGUCUAGUGUCCCUAGUCUAGACGUUGGCAGCGUCAUAGAGCAGGGAGCGACGGGCUUUCUGAAGAAUGUACCUGCAUCAGAGAAGGAACGGGUGAUUGCGAUCUACAACUCGGCUGUCACAAGAGCUUUCUGGGCCGGUGUCGCGGCGGCCUGUGUGGGGAUGGUGGCUGCACUCUGUAUGAAAUGGAAUUCUGUGAGAGGGGCCAGGAAGGAAGGCACGGUGGAGGAGUAA